UGGAGAUAUUUUACUGGUUUUAAUAUAAUUGUAAGCAGCAAGAUUCACGCCUCUCACACCUAUUUCAACAAAUGAUUACAAUUCUAGAAAUCCACUGCAUGUGAGAAAUACGCUUGCACGUGAAUAGCAUAUGUGCAGACUGGGGGCACAGUGGCUUGAUAAAGCCAGGCAGAUUUUAUGGAAAAACCUGCAGCAGAGGGAAGACAGACAGAGAGAGUUUUGCAGCUACAUGUGUUAGGGGCGUGUCUAUGCAAAUGAGACCACAUGUAAGGAAUUGUGGAGGGAUUGACAGACAGACAGAGCCGAACACCGGGCCAUGUUUACUUGCCUUCUGUGUGGUCGUUCUCUCGACUGCUUGAUAACGCCUUCACCGGUUUGUUUGGCGGUGCAGCCGUGCCAAUGGCAGCGACCGUUGAAGUAAACAGCGACUCUGAGAUGGCAGACUGCACAGUAACUCCUGUGGCAAUGGAGGACAGUGAGCAAUGGAAACCAAUUGAAGACUGUCACAGUGGUGUGCAGUCUGAUGACCAGGACUCCAUUCCAGCAUCUCCUAAACCAAAGAAGUAUGAGGAAGAGCAGAACUCAAGCCACACCAAGGAAGAUUCAGAGGACUCUGAACUGGAAAAUAUCAUGGGACAUCAAUCUGCAAGAGAGGGGCACCUAUUUGCCCCUUGUGAGGCUGAAGUUCAUGACACUCCCCACACAGAGGGAACGGCUACUUAUUUGAGGCUUCCUGCACUAUGCAGAGCCCAGGGGGAAGUUGAGUCUGACCUCAAGCACAACAUUCAGGCUGGAUAUGUGGAUCUGCCACCUCCCUUCAGCCCACCACCCAUCAGCCCUUCCAGGCCCAAGAGUCCAUGGGGUCGCUUUGACCCAUAUGACUCUGCUGAGGACCAUGAUAAAGAGUAUGUGGGUUUUGCAACCUUGCCAAAUCAAGUUCACCGCAAAUCUGUGAAAAAGGGCUUCGACUUCACUCUAAUGGUAGCAGGGGAGUCUGGACUGGGCAAGUCCACCCUGGUAAACAGCCUCUUCCUUACAGAUCUCUACAAAGACAGAAAACUUCUCAAUGCUGAAGAGAGGAUCACCCAGACGGUGGAGAUCACGAAGCACACAGUGGACAUCGAGGAGAAAGGCGUCAAACUCAAACUCACCAUCGUGGACACGCCAGGCUUUGGGGAUGCAGUUAACAACACUGAGUGCUGGAAGUCAGUCGCCGACUACAUCGACCAGCAGUUUGAGCAGUACUUCAGAGAUGAGAGUGGCCUGAACCGUAAAAACAUACAGGACAACCGCGUACACUGCUGUCUUUACUUUAUUUCACCCUUUGGUCAUGGUCUCAGGCCUUUGGAUGUGGAGUUUAUGAAAGCCCUACAUGAAAAGGUCAACAUUGUGCCAGUCUUGGCCAAGGCAGACACUCUCACCCCCAGUGAGGUCAAGAAAAAGAAAAUUAAGAUUCGAGAGGAGAUCGAGCAAUACGGCAUCAAAAUCUACCAGUUUCCUGACUGUGAUUCAGAUGAGGAUGAGGAGUUCAAACAACAAGACCAGGAACUGAAGGAGAGCAUCCCUUUUGCAGUCAUCGGCAGUAACACAGUCGUUGAGGCAAAAGGAAAGAGAGUGCGGGGACGACUUUACCCUUGGGGCAUUGUAGAGGUGGAGAACACAGCACACUGUGAUUUCAUAAAGCUGAGGAACAUGCUGGUGCGCACACACAUGCAGGACCUGAAGGACGUGACGCGGGAAACUCACUACGAGAACUACCGAGCUCAGUGCAUCCAAAGCAUGACGCGCAUGGUGGUGAAAGAGCGCAACCGCAACAAACUCACUAGAGAGAGUGGCACGGAUUUCCCCAUUCCCACAGCUCCCAACGUAUCAGACACAGAGACGGAAAAACUGAUCCGCGAGAAAGACGAAGAGCUGCGGCGGAUGCAGGAAAUGCUGCAGAAGAUCCAGGAGCAGAUGCACACCCAGAAGGAAGCGUAUUAACCCCUGCAUGUGCCGUCCACCUUUGCCACGGUGCCACUUUACUGCCUGACCUUCAUGCCUAGGACCUUGCCAUCUGAUCAGACCCCCCAUUUCUGCUCAGUGAAGCUCCGAAAAGUAGUGCACAAAGCAUGCUCCGUGUCCAGGUCCACUUUGUUCUCCGUAUGUGUGUGUCUAGUGGCUUUGGAGUUCCACUAGGUGUCAUUAAGCUGCAAAAAAAACAAAACAAAAACAAAGCUUUUGUCUGGAGUCUACUAGCGUCAAAGCUGAUAUCGACAUACAGCAUUUGACACAAAAACAAACAUGUUGUAGUUUAUAAAACUGCUUAUAGGGAUGAAAAGAACAUACUUCUCACUUCAGACGUUAAACAAAAACAUGCUCUUUUUUUGUGCAGUGUAGUAAAAUAUCAAGGUCCAGAUGUAGCUGUUACAGACAUAACAAUAACUGAACUAAAGAAGCUGAUGAAACCAAUUGAAAAAGAAAAAGGUCAAUGUUAUUGUCUGGGGAUUUCUUUUAGUUUAUAAAACAUUUUUUCUCUUAGCGGUAUAACAAAGGCGUUUCACUCUUUUCAAUUGAACUCUCAGAAAUAAACAUUUGGAACUAUUCCUAUUUUCCUCUUUUCCAUCUUGCUGGGGUGAUACCAUCAAGGAGACAUCAUGUGGUCCUUUAGUAUGUGUAUUAUAUCUAGGAAAGGUGCAUGUGGAACACUUUUAAUUAGCGAUUAGUUUACAAGUACAUUUUCAGUCCCUUAUGGUCCAAUUAUUUACCCUUAAAUUAUUAGUAUAUAAUUAUUGGGUGUAUUAUAUACUGUAUAUUGUUUAAGUCUACCCUGCAUAUGAUCCAUACUACAGGUUCCUUCGAUGAUACCACCCCUGCAAUUAGGAAAUGUACCUUAUAAAAUUUGGGACAUUUAUUUCCAAAAGAUAGACAAGAAGUAAAUUUGCACUAAAUAAGCCAAAAGAAAAUGACGUAAAACUUUAAAAUGAAUUUCCCAGAGAACUAUUGUCCCCCAGCUACUGUUUUCUCUGUAACAGCAAAUACAUUUGGAUUUUGUUUUAAGAAUAAAUCUAAGGAAUUUAUUUGGUGGGAGCGAAAGCUACAAGUGGCACCCUUUAAAUAACUACGUUUAUACGCCAUUAUGCAUAUACAUAAUUUUUUUUGGAUUAGCUCUUUAUCAUAGGAUAAAAACAACUUAUUUAAAUAGUUUUUUUUUUUUUUUUCUACAUGGUGGUAUUUUAUUUGUACUGUUUUGUUAAAUGAAUCGCAUUCGUCGUACUGUAUGUACAUGCUUCUGUUUGUAAGGCUAUAAAAGAAACGAAAGGUUUCUUUACGCAGGUCAACACUGUUUUAUUUUCUUAUGAGAGUAAUAAUAAUUGAAGUACUGUAGAACAAUAUUUUUCUUAACAAAGCUGACAUAUUAUUGAUUUCUUUCGAAUUUUCUUAUUUGCUUAUUUGCUGGGAAAAGAUAAAAGAAACUUUGCAUCAUUCCAUAAGUGCAGAUUUUUUAACUAACAUGUCAAAAGAGAAGACACUUAGUGAUGUUCCAACAGAAGAAUCUAUCGAUAUAUAACACUAUCUUAAUGGUGUAAUAACAGAUGAAAUGAAAUUGCAAUAUUAAUUUUUUUUUGGCAUUAAACAUUGUAUUUAACAAUGCCAUAAUCAUGGGAAUGACAACACUACAGAGUCUGAGCAUACAUAAAUAAAAUAAAAUAAAAAACAGUAAUGAAAUCAGGACGUUACGUAUAUACCACAUGAUGAUAUUUAAAAUUCGUAUAAUAUAAAAUUAUACACCUCAUGUGCAUAACUUAAAGAUAGAAAUAUGGGCUGGGUUUUUUUUUCCCCUUUUAAUAUCAAAUUCUCAUUAGAGUGAAAUAAAUGCUAUUAAAUGCCCUGGUGUUAUUAUAUAAUCAAGCCUGGAAAUGAAUCACCUGCUGGAACUUGAAACAGCUAAAUUUUUAGUUAUAAAUAAAUGAAAACAUUUGAAUAGAUAGAUAGAUAAAUAAAUAAUCAUCCCUUUUGAAAACAAUAACUAUGCUAAAAGCAUGUAUAUUGGUACAUAUCUACAUCUUAUAGAUACUGCCACAUUUUUUUAUUAAGAAAUCCACUGUGAGAAACAUUUAAGAUAAAGAAAUUACAAUGGCCUUUUCUCAUGAUAUUGCAAUUGUACCUUUAAUUUGAAGGAUUAUAAACCCACUGUAUUUUUUUUUUCUUUCCAUCAUUACCUUUGGAUAUUUUAAUGAGGUGUCAGAAUUCUAUCAUGGGUCACAUUCACCCAAUCAUUUAAGAAUUUACUUUCCAUUUGUAUAAAAACUAGAGUGUGUAAAAAAAAAAAAAAAAUCUAGUUUAUGUAGACUUACUGACCGUUGUGAGGUUUAUGAUUACAGUCACUAUGGACAUUUUGUCUGAAGCUGUAUUAAGUUCAUUAUUUUGAUUAUUUCUGGCCGCAUGGUUUUUUGUUACAUGUCUUCAUUUUUUUAGGCCUCAGCAGUUGCUCUGGUGUUAUAAAGGGAACAAUUCAGGUCUCUCUCUGUUUUUUUUUUUCUUUCUUUUUUUAUAUGAUCAUCUUUAUUUGGGUUUCAUAAAAUGCAUUAAAGAUAUCGUGUAAGGGUUAUUUGUGAAGAUAAAAAUGACUAGAGCAUAUUCUUUAAAGUAAUAAAAAAAAAUCUCAUCUCAGCUGGUGGAAUUUUUAUUUAAUACAUCGAGCAAUAGUUAGAAGUCUAAAAAUUCAUUCGUACAAAAACAUGUUUAUUCCAGACUUUUCUAUACAUUAUUUAUUUUGUUGAGAUUCUUCUUUAUUUCACACUAAUCAGAUUGGAGUUAUUUUAAAAAGUCCAGUGUUUUACUAUUCUAGCAUUGUGAACAAACAAAAUGUUCAUGAUCAUCUUUCAUUUUGAACUAAAAAUACGCAGGUUGUUCAGAAUUCACAGUUUCAACAGUGUUUUAGCUGUUAGCAGUUCUAAUUAAGCCCUUUCGAAAUAAUAUCAGCACUGUGUAUUACGGUCAAUUUAGCUUUUUAGCUUAGUCAAUUAAAGAAACUCAUUCAAACAUUAACACAAAACUAUUUUUUUAAGUCCAUGUGCAAUGAAAUAUUAGACUUGAAAUUAAAACUUAAAACUUAACAGUCCAUCAGUACUUAUUUCUUAUACUUACUAUCAAUCCCCCCAAGGAUUUCAUGGAGGUUUGUGUUUUUUUUGGUGAUUGUUGCAGCCAAAAAUUAUUGAUUUUUGUUGCAGCUUUUUUUCCCCCCAUUUAUUACAACUUUCUGGAGAUCUUUUGUGCUUUUUCUGUUGCUGUUACUUGAAUUUGGCAAGGCUUCUUCUUUUAAACUCCUACCAGUGAAGACACUGUAUGUAAUUAUUUUCCAUGAUGGCUGAACUCAGAUUUAAUGCCACACGACGUCUCGCGACGCAUCUCGUCCCAAAUCUGCGGUAAUUUACUACACAAUUUAGAGGUAAUUUACCUCUGAAUACUACUGUAUUUGCCUGAUUCUGUGAUCGUGGAAUCGUAAAAUCAUGGAUGGAUCGUAUUUUGGUGCUUAAGUGAAGACCUGAACAUGAGUUUUAUUUUACUAUUUAAAAAGAUUAAAUUAGAUUAAAUGAGACCUUUCAUGUUAAAGUAAGCAAAUACCAUAAGUACUCUUAAGUCUGUUGCCAUGUUGUUCCAUAGUAAAUUAUCUCUGAGUGCGUCAACAGAAAUCAAUUAACUGUUUUUUAAAUGUUUGUAGGUUCAAAGUUCUUUGAAUCUUGAACUUGCAUCAGUUGUCAUGAAAGGUUUAUGCUGGUGUAAUGAGCACUACUGUUACGUCAAAUAGAAAGGACUGUACACGUUUAAAAUUCUAGCAUUACUGAAAGCCUUGCUUUUGCUAUUGAUGGGAGAUGGCUCACAGUGGCUCCAGAAUCUAUAGCAGGGAAUUGAGCUGGAAUUACGCCCUACAUGUUGACACCAGUCUAUUGCACACACUCAUUUACACCUAGGGGCAAUUUAGAGGUGGCAGUUUAUCUACUGGCAUGUUGUUGAGAGGUGGGGGAAAACUGGAGAACCCAGAGGAAACCCAUGAGGACAGGAUGAACAUGAACAUAUCAUGCAGGCAUUAUGUUUUAACAGUCGGUUACAUAUCUAGCAAAACUACUGUACUGGACAACAUAACAUACAGAAUGUAGUCACUGCAGUAUUGAGUUCUUUCCCUUUUUCUCUACUGGAUUGUACAGCACUUUUCAGAACUUGAAUUAAAACAAAGUUCUCUGAAGCAAAGAUCAGAAAUGUCAGUUCAUGUGUGGGUGUUUAUUUGUGCUUUGUGCCUUUAGCACAGUUGGACAUCAUGAACUGCCAAGCUAAAUAUUAGUACAAUGUUCGAACGGGGUUCAUGAUUAAUCCCUGU